UGUCACAAAACGAGGCCACCGCCCCUUCAAAUAAAGAUGGACCUAAAGAAAGCUAUCACAGAGAGCUUCCAAGUUUGCAAAAGGUGUGUUCGUGAAUUUCUAUUUAUUUAAACAACAAUUUUAUAUUUAACGGAAUAAAGAAAUUUAAGUACCAUUAUACUUAAACUGAAGUGUUGAAACUAGGAAACGUAAGAGGCUGUGGUUGUCAAAAUGUUAAUAAGGCAAUUUCGAACCACUUUUUGUGAACUGCUUCUCGGUUUUCGCUUGCACUAAACAGGUUGGAAUAUUUGAAAUUUAUUAAGAUCAUACUGACUUUCGUACGUUAGAUGAGAUUGCUCUUACAUUCCAACGAAACUUUAGUAUAAACAGUUGAGAUGAUAAUAAGACUUGUGACAAUUUAAUUUUUGGAUUGAUAGUGAAUCCUGUGACUUAAUUGCAAUAUAGUUGUAAAUUAUUGAUUAGUUUUAGCAUUUUUUAUAUGUUUCUGUUAUUUUUGACCAGCUUUUGGCUAAAUUGCUCUGAAGAAAACAGGCAACCAUUUGCCAUCCAACCUUGAUUCAGACCUCAUAUGAUAUAACCAGACCACGCGUAAACUCUCGCGCGCGUAAAUGGAUUGCGACAGAGCCUGAAUGAUUACUACUGUGUUAAACAUUGAANAACGACAAAUUUUAUUCAUUUUUUCCUCGGUCUACAACAGCGGGAUUUUGAUGGAACUAAUGUCACAAAACGAGGCCACCGCCCCUUCAAAUAAAGAUGGACCUAAAGAAAGCUAUCACAGAGAGCUUCCAAGUUUGCAAAAGGUGUGUUCGUGAAUUUCUAUUUAUUUAAACAACAAUUUUAUAUUUAACGGAAUAAAGAAAUUUAAGUACCAUUAUACUUAAACUGAAGUGUUGAAACUAGGAAACGUAAGAGGCUGUGGUUGUCAAAAUGUUAAUAAGGCAAUUUCGAACCACUUUUUGUGAACUGCUUCUCGGUUUUCGCUUGCACUAAACAGGUUGGAAUAUUUGAAAUUUAUUAAGAUCAUACUGACUUUCGUACGUUAGAUGAGAUUGCUCUUACAUUCCAACGAAACUUUAGUAUAAACAGUUGAGAUGAUAAUAAGACUUGUGACAAUUUAAUUUUUGGAUUGAUAGUGAAUCCUGUGACUUAAUUGCAAUAUAGUUGUAAAUUAUUGAUUAGUUUUAGCAUUUUUUAUAUGUUUCUGUUAUUUUUGACCAGCUUUUGGCUAAAUUGCUCUGAAGCAAACAGGCAACCAUUUGCCAUCCAACCUUGAUUCAGACCUCAUAUGAUAUAACCAGACCACGCGUAAACUCUCGCGCGCGUAAAUGGAUUGCGACAGAGCCUGAAUGAUUACUACUGUGUUAAACAUUGAAAUUAACGAUUCUUAUUAGGAAUGGAAAAGAUUCGCAAAGAUCGUCAUCAGAGCCACACCUCGUGUGACAUAACUACAUUACGCACGACGUCUCGCGUGAACUCUCACGAGAAUAGAUUGCGACAGGGCCAGACUAAUUACCAUUAUGUUAGGCAUUAGAAUUUACUAUACUUAUUACAAAUGGAAAAGAGUCGCAAUGAUCGUAGCCUGUACACAGACGUUGUUUUAUUUUUCUUUUCGAAAACAUUGGCGAGCGCGAGUUCUUCUUCCCCCACCCCCUUAUGCUGGGGGUCAAUAAAUCCCCCCGCAGUUGUAUUUUUUAUCACGCGCGCUCAACGGACCUUUGAAGAGAAAAUAGAGGGCCUGCGAACAGGCUACAAUGAUCUUCACCAGAGUCCUUAAUCUUAGUAAUGUUGCUUUUCUUGCAAACCUUUUUCGGUUUAAAGACGGCUUUUCAAAAUUGCAAAUGAUUUCAAAAACUAAAGCAUUUUCGUAUAUUUUUCUCCGUUUCUCUUCACGCAGCUCUCUGACGCUUAAUUGAGCCAUUUCACUUUUUUUUACUCAGCUCGUCAUCUUUUCAAUUUUCAGCUCAGCCCGCAGACUCGACGAUCUUCCUCAGGCAGACCUGUCUAUCAGACCAGUCUAUCAGAUCCGCCCCAGAUCAGACCGCCACACCAGACCACCAGAUCAGAUUACCCCACCAGACCACAGACCACCAUCCUUGACUACUCAAGCUUCCAGUCAUCACAGCAUACCCAACCUAUUGAAAUGGUACAGGUCAGGUGCAUUCCUUAUGGGUUGGGUGAAGGGGGGUAUAUAGAGCUCUGAAUGAACCUUGCAAAGCAUACUUUCCACACACUUUCGGCCUGAAUUUUCCGGACUUUUUUGUCGGCUUAACUUAAUUGUAGUUAGAUUAGCUAGCGGGGUUUCCCGGGCUGGUAAGGGCCUCCCCUGCCCUUUUUCUUAAGUUGGGUUCCUUUGCAGGUGUUCGGUCAGCGACGAGAGUUCGGCUUUUAGAAAUAGGCUAGGCUUUUUGGAUUCCGUUCGGCUUCAUCUUCGGCUACAUAUUUUGCGCAUUGCCAGAUGGAUUUCGCCACCGCCGUUGUCGUCGUCGUCGUCUUCACUACAACCUCCCGCUUAUUUGCGCGAAAUUGAAUUGAUCUAUCACACUUCACUUGAUAGUCUUGGCGCUCGUCAAGUGAAGCUUUCAUCCGCAAGGUUCAACCAGACAGUGAUUAUUCUAAGAAAUAACUUAGUAAACUAGAGACUUCAGAUCAUUCAGCUACAGUGAGAGGACCUCAUUUGGUCACUGCUUACAAGCUUAGUGGUCUCUCUGGUUACAGGUAAAUAGUUAGUAUAGCCUCGCAAAUUCGGGUCUGCUGCUACCAAAUUGACUUUUGAUGUUAAACAGUAUAGGUGUGAAGUGAAAUUUUUCGAUGGUGCGCAUUUGCAGACUUCGAACUUGUGAGGGUAGAUAAGUUGACAGGUUCAGUCGCACAAAAAAAGCAAUCUGCAACCAGGCGUUUCUUCCCGCGAAGAGCCAACACCUUGUUGCAGUUUGCCAGGGAAACUUGGGACAAUCCACACACCAUAGGCUAGAUCGUUUACAAAUCGUAAGCGUACGAAGACUUCGAGACCAAUCUACGACGCAGUUUCAUCGUUGGAGGAGCACGAAUUAAGCCGUAUUAGCCUGCGAAGUAAUCACGAGAAUGCUAUAAUGCCGAAUAUUUCGGGGACGCACAUGUGGAGGCCCACCAUACCUCGAUAUGCGUGACCCUGAAUGGCAUUCAUGUGAAAAUUUCGCUGAUUAUAAAUAGUCUUUAAGUAAGUAGCAGGAGAGGAUACUCUGGUCGUGGCAUAGUUGACACUUAGACGAUUUGAUUUGUCUUCCUGUUAAUUUUGCCUCGCUGGGGAGUUUUCUUCUUAGGAAGCCCUGCAUUGCACUACGCAGGCACAGAUCGUCUACAAAUGGUAGGCGUACGUAGUCUUCAAGUCGACGGUUCGUGGUUAUUGGUUUCUUCGUUUUUUUUUUCUCCUGGAGUGGUCAGCGGUGUUCUAUGCCCGACAGUUCUUGAAGUACGUCAUGACUGGGAUUGAACCCUAUGCAGCGCACUGUUCAAGUAAUAUUUGCUUUGUAUAUGAUGAAAAUGUGAAUAAAAUUGAUUUUAUUGCGUUGUAUUGUAUUGUUGGUCCAGUACUAGAGCAAGGAAAGAUGCCGGCCGAAGAAAGAAGAGCAAAGAACUUCAACAGCCAUAGAAAGAUAGUCUUGUAGUCCAAUUACUUAAGUAGGCGAGUUAGCUGCCUUUGCAGCCAUGAACAGAUGGUCCAUGUUGGACCAAACCGGACAAUGAUGAUAACGAUAAUGAUGAUGAUGACGACGAUGGUGAUGGUGAUGACGAUGACCAUGAUGAUCGUUUACACUAA